CGAUUUUUUACCUAUGGUAUAGAAAAACAUUUUCAACAAGAAACUCUCUGUGAUCAUGAAGCUGAUAAUCAAAUAGAUUACACAAGAAAAAAAGAAAAGUGUCAAUAACAAAAAUAAUUUUUCUAUUGAGGUCAAUUAUAUGGUUUAGAAAAAUUCUGGACAUUUCUAGAAUAUUCUUGACAAAAACCAAAAAUCAAUCCAAAACUUGAAUAAAUUUUAAAAAACUAUAAAAAUCUUGAAGAUUUUCGUGUUGAUGGUGCAUCAUUUCCACAACAAUUUUUCCGAACAAAAUCAAAUUAUAGUAAUUGAAAAACAUUUUUUUUUCUAUGGUAUAAAUAAUUUCUUUAUAGACUGUUCCAGCACCCGAAGCAAUUGCUACUGCAGUAGCAAAGAACAGUGAUACAUCAAAUUCAUUAAAACCAAAUGGUGAACAUUUUCCGACACGUAAUAAUCGUGGUCAAGCUCGACAAUCGAAUCGAUGA